UCAGGACUAUUAAGUGAGGUCAUUCUCUGUGGCCUGGGUCAAACGUCACACACUGAAUCGAGUGCUGUUACGUGUCCUACGUGUCACCGUUCCUACAGUGUGCGAGUGACUGCGACUACGAGGUUGCAUGUUCUGAUUGUGCGUUCUUUCAUAAACCCUGAUCUAAUUCUGAGGAGAAAAAAGAGGUGUAUACAAAUGAGGUACAUGGAAAAUAUGUCGGCAAAUAACUAUGCCAAAGCAGUGAACAAUAUUUGCUCUUCAACAAAAGCCUGAUGUUAGAGGUUACCGAUUACACUGCUGCGUGCUUCUAUUUGUGGUUUUUACUGAAGUGGCUCAAAGUACUCAUUGUUGAAUACUGUAAUAUCUAACGUCAAAGUAACAACGGUCGUUUCAUCUUUGGAUUUUGGACACACUGGUCCCUCACCUGAUAGCCUGUGGUCGAUCUAUAUAUAAACGCGUGGCACUAGGCCUAGGUGUCUAUGGGAAAUUUUAUUUCCCUUUGUGUCACAGUCCCGUAGGCCAUAGUAUUCUGUGACCGAUUCAGUGAACGCUGUCCCUGGCUAAAUACUGCAUACUGCAAUAUGCCAAAAACCGAAUUCACCACUCAACCACAGAGCAAGGACUGUGUAUUGCUAUCAACGGAUUACCGUCCCGAAGUGGGCUGCUGUUGACACUAUCGACAGGAUGAAUGCCUUAGCUUGGAAUGCGUUCUGCAUGAUAAGUUAACGUAGAAUUGGAUAUAAUCCGGAAAACUUGGGAAAGGCAUGGCUAUUAUUGGACCAGUGUGCCGCAGUCCUCUUGAUCUUUGGUUGUCGGAAAAGCCGGUUAGAGAUCGAGUUCGGUUCAGGGCCGCGUUUUAUCUCCAGCUGUUUGCGUGGUACUGUGACACAUGCUGGGAUGGAAUGUUUCAAAGCAUGUCCUUUACGAUUCAGCUUCGGGACACCGCAUAGAGCUCCGGAAACUUUGUCCUUUGAAAGUGUGUUUAAAGUUAACUUCAUCUUCAGUGAAUUCGGUUCAGUGGGAUUGAUGUUAAUUGUCAACCACCAUGGGACGGUUCACCGGCAAGAGUUGUCGGUUCGUGGUGAUGAUGUCGCUUACCACCUCGUUCUUCCUGGUGGAGCUGGUGACGGGCUACGCGACCAAGUCACUGGCUCUUGUCUCGGAUUCCUUUCACAUGCUGUCCGACAUUAUAGCUCUGGUCAUAGGCUUCCUCGCACUGCGGAUAUCCAAGAGGCGAUCGACUAAGGGUUGUAAGCGCGCCGAGGUGUUGGGAGCCCUCAUCAACUCUGUCCUCCUGAUAGCCCUAUGUUUCACCAUCUUCGUGGACGCCAUCCAGCGGCUGAUCGUGGUGGAAACCAUACACAAUCCCAUGCUGGUGCUCAUUGUAGGCUGUGUCGGCCUAGCUGUCAAUGGGAUUGGUCUGUGCCUCUUCGGUAGACAUGGUAUGCCGCAUGGUCACACCCAAACCCGUGCGCCAGACUCCAAAUGGAAAAAGUUAAACGUGAAAGAGUCAUCUGACGAAGAGAUGGAAAGGGUACUUGGACCCUCCGACCCUACGACACAUGAUUCCACCGACACUGAUACUUUGGCCGUGAACGGCACUCAUUCGGUCCAAAUGGCGGAGGACCAGGAUGAUGAAACGAAAAACAAGGCCACUGUCACAGCGCCCUCCCAUGCCCACCUGAACAUGAGGGGCGUGUUUCUUCACGUGUUGGGGGAUGCCUUGGGUUCAGUUGUGGUUAUAGUCAGUGCCCUGUUCAUCUGGUUGACGGAAUUCGAGUGGAGGCACUACGUGGAUCCCGCCAUGAGUCUCAUCAUUGUGGCAAUCAUUACAGUCACAACCAUUCCGUUGUUUCGGCAAUCAAGCAAGAUUCUUUUACAGUCCCUUCCUUCUGAAAUAAACGAGAAUAGUAAAGAUGCAGAAAAUCCACCUGAAAAUAAAACGGGUAACAGUUACGUAGCCACAGCUCACAUACUGUUUCAUGACAAGGCGGAUUAUACAGUCAUGGCAGACGACAUAAAAUCUUACCUUGUCGACAAGAGAAUAGAUGCGAGGACAACAUUGCAGGACCCUGCCAUCGUAUGUUCGCCAAGUGAUUCGAUGAAAUCCUCUCCCUGUGAAUCUAGUCAUGAAAGAGUGUGAAGGGAACAAGAGCUGGAAAAAGGUCAUCAUCAUCAUCAUCAUGAUCAUCAUCAUGAACCAUACUCUACCAGAACCUUGGCGACCUCUUUCCUUCAUUUUGACCUACUGUUAAGCCACUAGCAGCUGUAGCCAUGAGGCCAGUCCAAUUCUUUAUGUUGUCCACCCAUGAUGUUCUAAUUGUUUUCUAUUUCUGUUACCCUUUAAUUCCUUGUAUUCGUUGCUUGUUUUACCUGUCUGACCUUUCACAACUCUCUCUUUCACACCCAGUGUCUCCUGUGUGAUCCAUUCUGUACCUUUGCACUUGAGUCGCUCUGAAAUAUGUUUUUUGGCUGCUGUUGUCAGUAUGUCUAGCUGCUUUCCAUAAUUCCUCUGGUUCGGCUUCCUCUAGGCAGAGGUUCAAAAGUGCUACGGACCUGUACAGUAAAGGAAUUUGGAACGUUAGAGAAAUCGUAUCUAGCUGGGGGUUUUGCUUGUUUGAAAAUCUUGAUCCCAAGUUUCACCUAUGACAUUAGCAACCGAUGAUCCUUAUUGCAAUCAGCCCCUAGAUAUAUCGUGCAUUUCAUCGUGUAUUGGUGAGAAUAUAGUAAAUCUGAUUCCUGGUUCUACCAUCGGGAGCAGUCCACGUGUACUUACAUCGAGGGUGCUGAUCAAAAAUGGUAUUCAUUAGGCAGAGAUGAUUCACUUAACAAAUCUCUCAAAGUCACAUCCCUUGCUCGUUUGGGCUUCCCAGGCCACAUCCUUGCUGAGAGAAGCGCAACCCACAUUUGCAUUGAAAUCCCCAAUAACGCGGAGAACAUCAGAUCUUAGGGGAAUCGUCAACAAGGCUAUGGAGGUGCUGAAUGUAAGAUAAUACAGUUAUUAUACUGAACUCACAUUAUGUACCGGAUAACAUUAACAGCUGAAAAAGCUAUUUCAGUUAUGUGCAAAAUGAACUGGCAUCAGCAUUAGAGGUGUUUGGGCGGGUCCCUCCUAGUUUUAAAAUACAUAUACAGAUACAUGUGUGUGUUUUUUAAAGUAUGUUGAAACAUUUAUUUCUCAGUCUUAGCUUCUCUGGAAAAAACUGUAUAGCAAAGACGUAUAGGGGACAUAGAAAUAGUAAUAAAGUAGGUGCAAUCAGUUUGUUUACAUAUACAUAUUCAAUAUACACCUUUGUGUCUCACUCGCCUUAUAUUUUACUUUUGUUUCACUAUUUCAAA